AUGACCGGUGAGGAGGUUAUCGCGUAACCGAUACAAAAUUAAAGCUCAAUAAAUUGCGGUCUCCUGGACUGGCGAUUUCAGUGUUGGGACGAAACUAGUGUAGUGCAAAGCUCGUGAUUCAAGUGGUGGCCAGAUAUCAACCUUAAUUCGAACGGUAGACAAACAUAUUUGAACAUGAGGCGCUUGCUGUCGGUAGCGGCGAUUUUGGCUUUAGCCGCAGCCAGACCAGAGCUGUAUAAAGAAACGGAAGAUUUUCAAUAUUCGAGGAGUUCCACAGACGAGGGCUCAAAAUCUGGGUACUAUGGUGCUCAAAGAGGUAACGUGGGCGGGAACUACGAGCGCGCUCACAACAUGGACGGACUCGCACAAAACCAGAUGAGUGGACUAGUCCGACAAGUGGAGGGGGAGUUGGGUGACGGCUCCAAGACGAGAACAGGCAACGUCUACAGUGCUGCCAACUCCAGGGGAGUCUACGGCUCAGGCCAUUAUGAUCUUAGCAACCUUCAAGGUCGCAACUUCCAAGAAGGCACGUCAUAUGGUGACUCACAAUCACAUUCGUCGUUGUCAUCUCACAAUGCGGGCUACGCUAGUCAAUCCUCUUCCGCUAUGCAUAGCUCAGGACAUAACAGCCAUUCACAGAGUUCAAGAUAUUCUGGAAGUCACGGCUUAAAUAGUUACGGUCAAUCUCAUCAGGGUUACGGUCAAUCGUUGCAAGCCAGUAACUUACAAGCGGCAGAAAACACACAUGAUGCCACCGCUUUCGAUUACGGUCAGCACGCAACCAAUCUCGACUCCAGGUAUCACUCACAGUCGGGUUAUCAUUCACAAAGUGAAUACGAUAGCCAAAAUUCGAAUCUGCACAGUUCUAGUCACAGCGGCGUGGUCCCGCAGCACAGGCUAAUUCUCACUACUCCAGUUAGAGUAGUUGGUAGACCAGGAUCAAGAGUGGCUAUUCCCGUUGGAGUACAAACAUACGAUGCUACUCAUAGCGCCUCUGUCUUAGACCAAAAUGCAAUUGCCAGUGAUGCUGAACUACUUCAUAACGUCGAUCAACAGACCAAUUAUCGACCUACUAAUAAUGCAAAGCGUUAUGAGUCUUCCUACAGUUAUCGCAAACAAUGGGAAAAACAUGACGUGAAACCUGAAGUCGUGCCGCUAGCUAUUCCCACAGAAAACCCUUUUAUAAAUAAAAAUAGUGAGUUAUACGAUGACACCCAAUCGCUACAAUCAAUCAACAGUCAGCAUCAAGGUAUAGGAUCAGAAGCUCAUACAAGCCAUUCUAGUGGUGCUUACAAUGGAUACAAUGCUCAUUCGCAGACAUCGUCAUCAAGCCAUUCAGGAUACCAGGCAGGUUCCGAAUCUCACCACAAAAGUUCAACUUCGGGUUCAAAUUCAAACGCUUAUACACAAGGUGCAUAUGGCUCGGGUUCACACAACUCCGAUGCAUACCAUUCCGGUUUAGUAGAUGCUACAAAUACGGCUGAUAAUGGGGGUACGAAACCUAAAAGUUAUCAAUCUUCUUAUUCCUACCAUAAGUCGUGGGAAAGACAAGGCGAUCCUUAUGUAAUAAAACCAGCAAGUGGAGCGUACGUUGACCAGGCAUCACAAAGACUGACUGAUGCGUCAGCAUCUAGCAAUCAAUAUUCGUCUCAUCAAUAUGGUUCCCACUCUCAGCAGGGUCACCAUCAACAUAGUUAUUCACAUAACGGCGCUUUGAUCGACUGUGAUUGUGAUGAUGAUGGGCAUGUACGUGUUGCUCGAUCUUAUAAUUCGGUUCCCAACCAAUAUGACAUUUAUAAACAAAGACAAGAAUACGAUACAUCUCAAGAUUUGGGUCAACAAGCUCAGGUUAGCUGGGGUCAAGCAGAAGAUUUAAGUCAAAACUCACAAAUUAAGUGGGAAAAUUUAGAAGAUUUAGGACAACAACACGUAGAAGACUUUGGACAACAAACUCAGAACCAAUGGGACAAUGUAGAAGACUUAGGACAACAAACACAAAAUAGUUGGGAUAAGUUGACGAAUGUUGGACAGGAGACAGAGAAUAAAUGGGACAAAGUGGAAGACUUAGGCCAGCAAACCGAAAACAAAUGGGACAACGUAGCUGAUCUUGGACAACAAACGCAACAAAACACAUGGGAUAACCUCCACGUGGAUGAAACCCAAACUGAUUUGGGGCAGCAGACACAAGAAACAUGGAACAAGAUUGAGCUCGCUAAUAAACCCAAAAUGGUAGGAGAUCAGAGGAUACACAUGAAUGACACCGAAAGCGCAUGGGUAGGAGAGGUAAAAGACUUUAAAAAUCCGUGGGAUAUGGAACUAGACGAGAAACAAAAUCAUGAUAUAGUACAAGUAACCCCACCCGAAUUCGACAAAGAAUUUAUAGCAAAAUUGAAUAAAGACUUUGCUUCAAAUUUUCAAAGUCAAAAUAAUCGCGAUGAUCAAACUAUUUGGGAUACUACUUAUCUGUAUGGGUUACCAAAUCAAGAGCAAACUGAUUAUAUGGGCCAAGAAGCACAAAGUUCUUGGGGUGUAUUGGAUUUUUUAGAUCAACAUAAGACCGAAAGUAUGCCAGAAAAAACUGACGACAAAUUAAGCAAAAUGCCAAUGGAAGGUAAAAUUUCUGACGAGAAGCCUGUAUAUUCAUACUUCGAUCAUAGCUAUGCUGAAGUGGAAAAACAAAGCAAUUUCAAUCACGAGUGGAGUAAUUCCGGCUAUACAAACAAUGACCAAUCGCAAGACUCUUUCGGUAAUUUAUGGAAUAAAAUAAACCUAGAAGAAACACCAGAUAUAGAAACAACUACAACUUAUAAGAUCGAUAUUGUUGUUUCUAACGAACAAUUAAAUAAUGCUUCUAGUACUUGGGGUCAGGAGUCAAGUGAAUUUGAAAACAGCAUACAUGGGUCAAAUUUUGCAGCUCAUCGACACUGGAUUUCUAAUAUAUUGAAUAAAACAAAUACUUCAAACUUAUCAACAACGACACCGACAACGACAGCAAAAGUGACUUCUACUACACCUAUAGCACUCAGUAGUGAAAGAACCGAUACUAUAUCCAAAAACAACAACACUAAGAUAAACACUGAGGAUAUAGGACGUGGGGACAUAGGUCCCGAAGAAAUUAUUCCUGAAAUUACAACAGAAAAAUCUAAAAGUACCUUUGUCAUUGAUAAAUUGAAAACAGAAAAUUAUAAACCGAAUAUUGGAGUUAUAGGUUUAUUCGGAGGAAACAACGAAAGCCAAUCCGAUUCAAAAAAUAACCAAAGUGAAAGUUCUCUACAUGUGAUUAGUUUAAGUAACUGGCUGCAAACAAAAAAAGAAGAAGAAGCUCGAUUGAAAGAUGUUCUUUCAUUUACAACAAGCACUCGUACUCCUUUAAAAAUAACUGAGGGCAGCUAUUCUUUAUCAAAUGCAGCAGAACAAAAAGAAAGGAAUAAUUCAAAUAGUAACAUUCCCAAUUUAUUAGAUACUAAUGUUCCAACGCAUAUUGUAGAUCAACAAAUCCUAACAAACCAAAAUAUUGACCAUCACAGUAUAUACCAGGAACACCAACAAACUUAUGACCACUCUGAACAACAAAGUGAAAGUGUGUGGGGGCAAAGUUUAGAAGAUUAUUUAAGAGAACCAAAAACAAAUGAUAAAUCCCAAUUAGCUGAAAACUUUGGCUUAUCACAACAAGAAAACCAAAAUUUUGAAAGAAUUUAUCAGGAACCAGAAACACAGCAAGUUGAACAUUUUGAAAUUCAAGAGCAGGGUAAAAGGGAUAAGUUUUAUAAUGAAAGCAGUAACUUGCCAAGUUAUCAACAACUACAAGACAGUCAAAAAGGUUUGGAAAAUAGUAAAAAAAGAGAAGAGGAACAUUCAGAAAAAGUUGAAAAUAUAGUUCCUAGUAUAGCUACAGCAACAGAAAAGCCAGGUUUUUGGAAAUCUGUAGGCAAUAAAUUUAGUAAUGCCAAAGACAAAGUAUCAUCUUGGUUCAGAAGUUAGCUUUGCAUUGUCUUAAUUAUGGGUAGUAUUUUAGUUAUAGUAAUUUAAUUAUAUUUUUUUAAUAAAAUCAAAAUGUUGGCAAAUAA